AUGUGGAAAAUAUAUCGUGAUCCAUUCGUAAUGCACACAUAUUUGCAUCACGUUGAACGUCUGGACCACCGCCAUAACUUCUCACCUUAUAACAUCCUCCUCUACCUCACCUCUCCACCAAGCAUGGGUGAUCCCUCAUUCCCGUAUGCCAGUGUUGCGUUCCUUCCGCAGCUUUUCCUCUCUGGGGUACUGCUUCCACUCGCAUUCGCCAAAUGGGAUCUUCCCACCACUCUUUUUGCACAGACCUUUGCAUUUGUCGCAUUCAACAAAGUCUGCACCUCACAAUAUUUCAUGUGGUACAUCGUCCUUCUCCCAUUCUACCUCCCCACCUCCUCGCUGCUCCGGAAUCCCAAAAUAGGGUUCACCGCACUAGGCGCAUGGGUUCUCACUCAAGCCGCAUGGCUCCAACAAGGCUACGAACUUGAAUUUUUGGGUAAUAGUACAUUCUUCCCAGGUUUGUGGGGAAGUGCAUUAGCGUUUUUUGGGGUAAAUUGUUGGUUGCUGGGGGUUAUCGUGGGAGAUAUAAAGGACCGAAGAGUUAUAAGUGGAAAGAAGUUGAAUUAG